AUGACCGCAAAACGGUUGAAGAAAUUCUCUGUUACCGAUGUAAAAGAUUUGAUCGAUAGUGCUGCAGAAGUCAUCAGUUCCAAUGGAAUGCCGGUUGUUGGGCGCAGAAUGCUUGCGGAGCAGUUCGAUAAUACCAUUAUAAUUGAUGUAUUUUUGGCAGUUCUGAACUAUUAUCCAGUUUAUGAGUCUAAGAAUGCCGAGAUUAGUCGCUGGAAGUGUAAAGUCCAUGAUUCGUUGCUGGAAUACAUAAUUGUAUCUGUGAAAAGCAAGGACCAUUGCGAAGAAUUCCUCGCUGCAGAAAGUGAAGAGCCGUCAGCCGUAACAGAACUUCUCAAAAAUGGUUGGAGUCAGCCGAGCACUUUGAAUAUAUUGAAGGCCCUUAUGCGAAUUGAGACCAAAUUUGCUCUUUGGAAACUUGUUGAAAGGGUUAUUCCUCUGCGACAUAGGGAAUUCUUCGAUAUGGUUAUGGAAGAAGAAGCACAGGGGACUGCGAGGUACCACAUCAUUAACAAAGGUUUUGUUCAUUACCCUUUUAAAACUUUAUUGUCUGCUCCACAAACUCUAUUCCCUGAACCAUCGCAUAUCGAGCUGAUUUAUUUAUUGCCGAACCAGUCUUUUUGUUUUCGCCGCAUCUCGUUUUGGGAUAUCGAUAUUUUCUUGACAGCCAUAGAAGAAAGAAAGUCGGAUACUGUUAUAAGAGAGGACAAAAGGGAAUAUGUAGUAGAGAACUGUAAAAUAAUGGUCUACACUGUAUUGAUAUAUAUCAUUAGGCGGAGGGGAUUAAAUCGUUAUUUACAAGACCCUUCACUUUUAUUUACUGUCGCUCUACUGGGACCGCUGUCAGCUUCAGACGUGGAAAAUUUCGCCAGCGAGCGUUCAUUAGAAUUCAGGGAGGAAUGCCGACGUAUUGUUUUCAGGCUUGAGUCAUGUACACUUUCCACAAGCAUUUGGGAAGCCGCGUUGGCUUUUUACUGUCGUUUAAAAUCCUUUCUUGGAAGAACUUGGCGUACGGUGAUGAUAUUUUGCUACAAGCUGGGGACAUUCGCAGAAGUUUCUAGGAAUCUGCAUGUUCCCCUUUCUUAUCGCCGUUCGGAUGUUAAAAGAAAGGGAAGGGGAGUGUUUUUGAUAUUUGAAACCAGUUGGCAUGAGGAAGUACCAGAACUGUGCAUGACACGAUGCGGUGUAGAAGAAAAUUAGUU